UUAACGCUCGCACAAGCGCGUUGUUGCGUUCGCUCGCGUUUUCUCACGCGCAGUCAAUGGAGUCGCUGCGUGUUUCUGGAAUUACUGACAUUUAUGAGAAUUCAUUAAUAGAUCGGUUUGUAAUAAUCAGUCUCGAUGGUUUAUAAUCGGAUUCCAGCGGUUGUUUAAUGACAGUUAGACGCUCAUAUGCGUGUUUAACACGGCGUUAAGAUUCACUGCGGCCUGACGAUUAAAUCUCCAUUAUUAAAAUAUUAAAACAUUGUCAUACUUUAGUUUUCAGUCAUUAAUUAAGUGCGUGGACUCAUGUAAAUAUGGCAGAAGAGGGAGCGGUUGUGAUGCAGCAGAUUGUGGACAGGAGUUGUUGGGUGUGUUUUGCCACAGAUGAGGAUGACCGUACGGCGGAGUGGGUGCGUCCGUGCCGCUGCCGUGGUUCAACUAAAUGGGUUCAUCAGUCGUGUCUUCAGCGCUGGGUUGAUGAGAAACAGAGGGGCAACAGCACCGCACGCGUUGCCUGCCCACAAUGCAAUGCUGAAUACCUCAUUGUGUUCCCUAAGCUCGGGCCGGUGGUGUUUGUUCUGGAUCUGGCAGACAGGUUGAUCUCGAAGGCCUGUCCGUUUGCUGCUGCUGGAAUCAUGGUGGGAUCUAUUUACUGGACGGCUGUCACAUACGGCGCCGUGACCGUCAUGCAGGUUGUGGGUCAUAAGGAAGGUCUGGAUGUGAUGGAACGGGCCGAUCCUCUCUUCUUGUUGAUUGGCCUGCCCACCAUCCCGGUUAUGCUAAUUCUGGGGAAGAUGAUUCGCUGGGAGGAUUAUGUGCUCCGCCUCUGGAGGAAAUACUCCAAUAAGCUUCAGAUCCUUAACAGUAUCUUCCCAGGUAUCGGCUGCCCAGUGCCGAGGAUCCCGGCGGAGGCCAGUCCGCUGGCCGAUCACGUGUCAGCCACACGCAUUCUGUGCGGCGCCCUUGUGUUCCCCACCAUCGCCACCAUCGUGGGUAAACUGAUGUUCAGCAGCGUCAACUCAAACCUUCAGAGGACCAUUCUGGGUGGCAUAGCGUUUGUGGCUAUUAAAGGGGCGUUUAAGGUUUAUUUCAAGCAGCAGCAGUAUCUCCGACAAGCUCAUCGCAAGAUCCUCAAUUUCCCUGAGACGGAGGAGGCCUGAGCUCAUCAUCAAACCUCUGCUCGAUUCCAUCCACGUCAUUUUGAUUUCACGCAGCUUUGAGAGACACUACAGGACAUUUUCACAGACGCUGGAUUUUGGUUUUCUCUUUCUUUUUUUUUGUGAAUGUGACUAUUGUGUUUGGCGUUUGAAUAGUGAUUCAGCUUCGUUUCAGUUGAUUUGAUCAGACCUGGGAGUGCAUUACUAAUUUUAUGGGCUUUGACAUUUUAAGAAAGAGACUGAGGAAAAAUAAAUAUUGAAAGAAGGUUUUAUAUUAAUAAGUGGUUGUUUUAUAUUGAAUUAGAAAUGUUCAAAUGAAUCACUAUCUUUCAAAUGAAUCUUUAAAGCAUCCUUAACAUGCAAAAGACGACGUGCCGUUUCACAUCUUUUCUUCUUUUAUUAGACUAGUGAAUGCAAUAUUAGAUUCUAAAGGCAAACAGGAAUACGUAAAGCUGUUUUCUCGUAAUUAUCUUAUAAAAUAACCUUUUUUUAUGUGGUCUUCUCGGAUGAAUUUCCCCAUUUCCUGUUAUAUUUCACACCAAAAUCAAAAGAAAUAAAUUGCUUUGCAACAACAACAAAAAAGCAAGCAAGUCUG